UGGAACCAAUUCACAGUCUCUCAACAACUGGGGCGCCCUCCGCUUGUCUAGAAGGAACAACACAAGACUCACAAGAUGAAGGUUCUGUUGCUGAGUCUUGUCCUGGUCGUGGUUUGUGCCGCCCAGGAAACUCCAGCUGAGAUAGACCCCUCAAAGGUUGUAGGAGACUGGCGCACCAUUUAUGCAGCCGCAGAUAACAAGGAGAAGAUUGUGGAAGGGGGCCCGCUGAGGUGUUAUAACCGCCAGAUUGAAUGUAUUAACAACUGCGAACAGCUCUCCCUUUCAUUUUAUAUCAAAUUUGACGGCACAUGCCAGUUUUUCUCAGACGUGCUAGACAGACAAGAAGGAGGUAUUUACUUCAUAGAAUACGCGGGGAGAAUUUAUUUGCAAAUCAUUCAUGUAACAGACAACAUGCUGGUAUUUUAUUAUGAAAAUGACGAUGGAGAGAAGAUCACAAAAGUAACUGAAGGUUGCGCCAAAGGAACCAGUUUCACUCCAGAAGAAUUUCAGAAGUAUCAGCAGCUGAACACUGAGAGGGGGAUUCCAAAUGAAAAUAUAGAAAACAUCAUCGAAACAGACAACUGUCCUCCGUAAGAACAGAGAACAUCAGUUGG